CGUGUCACUCUCAAACUAUGAAUGGACGUCUCUGGAAAAAGAAACUCUGAAGUGCAUUGUGAAGCCCGUCAUACUCGGACUUUCAACAAACAAUGGAAAUUUAGCAACAUUAUUUAAAUUAAACAAAGGUCAGGGUUAGCUUGUUUUCCAUUAUUGCUAAUGAUGUCAGCUGCCGCCUUGUUGUAUCACUAACGUUAACAAGCAGCGAUGGCGGGAGGAAGUAAGGACUUUUGUCAACCAACAAACUAUGACCUUCACAGCAACAAGUGCAGUGGGACAGUACAGGACAGGUCACGUUGUCUAAAUGAAUGAAAGGAGACUGAACGUCGACUUCAAAAACAUUUGUCAGUGCAUUAUGCCUGAUGAGAUGUCGAGGCCUUUAAUCCGAGGCAGAGGUGAAGGAGGAGGCUCCAGACAUCUUGAAGCCUCCAUGUCUGAAUCUGACGCUCCAGUUAUUGGCAUUCUGGGUACGGGCGACUUCUCCCGCUCACUGACAAGAAGGCUGGUGGCCUCCGGCUACCAAGUGGUGGUGGGGAGUCGAACUCCCAAACGCUCUGUGGCUCUGUUCCCUGAAGAGGCCGAGGUGACAUCCCAGAUGGAGGCAGCCAGCCAGGCAGACCUGGUGUUUGUCGCUGUGUACCCUGAGCACCACUCCACACUGGUGGAGCUGAAGCCGACACUAGCUGGAAAGACACUGGUGGAUGUUAGCAAUGGCUUGAGAAUCAACCGAGAUGGGCCAUCGAAUGCCGAACUGCUGGCUGACCUGUUUCCAGAGAGUUCUAUAGUCAAAGGGUUUAACACCAUAUCAGCCUGGACGCUUCAGAUGGGACCUCGGGAUGGAAGCAGGCAGGUUUUGCUGUGCAGUGACAGCAGCAAGGCCAAGAGAUCGGUGAUGCAGCUCUGUCGUAGAAUGGGCUUCGUCCCCGUCGAUAUGGGCCCCCUCUCCUCUUCUCUGGAGAUCGAAAACCUCCCCCUCUACCUAUUUCCCUCCUGGCGCAUCCCAGUACUCUGCACCCUGUCACUGUUCAUCUUCUUCUACCUGUACAACUUCAUCCGUGACGUCCUGCAGCCCUACAUCACAGCAGGGAAGAGUGUUUUCUACAAAAUGCCCAUUGAGACUGUUAAUGUCACUCUUCCCUCGGUGGCCUUGGUGAUGUUAGCACUGGUCUACCUGCCUGGUUUGUGCGCUGCUUUCCUCCAGCUGUGGUGGGGCACCAAGUACAACCGCUUCCCUAAAUGGCUGGACCGAUGGCUAACCACUAGGAAGCAGUUUGGGCUGUGUAGCUUCCUGUGUGCAGUUCUACAUGCCAUCUACAGUCUGUGCCUUCCCAUGAGGAAGUCUGCCCGCUACAAACUGCUCAACAUUGCUUUUAAACAGGUGAAGGAGGACUCCUGGGACAACGGGGAGGUGUGGAGGAUGGAGCUGUACCUCUCGGUGGGCAUCAUGGCCCUCGGGCUGCUCUCCCUGCUGGCUGUCACCUCGCUGCCCUCAGUGGCCAACACUGUCAACUGGAGGGAGUUCAGCUUCAUACAGUCCACACUAGGUUAUUGUGCCUUGUCCAUGGCCACCCUCCACACGGUCCUCUUUGGCUGGGACCGUGCCUUUGAUCCGGCCCAGUACCGCUUCUACCUGCCUCCCACCUUCAUACUGGUCCUGAUUCUUCCGCUCGUGGUUCUGCUGGGCCGCCUGGCUCUCUUCGUGCCCUGCGUGGCCCGGCGGCUCGUACAGAUCCGGCGCGGCUGGGAGAAGAGCCGACACAUCCGCUUCACCCUGCCGGACGAUGACUGCCGCAACGGGGUGGAGGAUGUCAGUGAUGUGUGACUGUUAGAUGUGCAUAUGAAGAUCCAGACAAAAAGGUAUAAAGGUAGAGCUCUUUAUGCGUGCACUCAUGAAUAUAAACACCACUCAACCACAUUCACUCAGAAGAUAAAUGAUUUAUACACCCUGGUAGUUCCUUAGAGAGAUUUGACCAGUAGAGCCGUGGACGUCAACUUUAUUGCACUAUGCAUUGUCAAUAAUGAGUAUUUAGUUGCUCCUUAUGCUUUUUAUUUUAAUUUAUUGUUGAGUCGUUACUCUAUUUGAAGCUUAAACCCAGAACAAUAUUAGCUUCUGGUUUAAUUUAUGCAAAAGAGUCCCUGUUACACUUCUAAAGAACCUGCUGAAGAUUUCGUAACUGAAGCAGUAUAACUGAAUUUUGCAUAAGUUCAUAAUUGAGUCUUUGAAAUAAGAUUUUUUCACUGAUCAUCAGAAGUAGACUUAGCCUUCCUCUUGCCUUACGCAUUCCUGCCAGUAAAAGGUUUCGGUGUUUUGUUUUUUUUCCUGCUCACACUUCAAGACUGCUGCACAGAUUUUCGUCAGCCAGCCUUCGAAAUAGGCCAUCAUCCUGUUCUGUCCACAUGCUAGAAUUAAGCUGACAUGGUUUCAUGUUAUUAAUAUUUGUUAUGAGGUUUUUCAUUGAUGUGACAUCAGUGUUUCAUUUUGUUUUGACAUUUUAUUUUGCAAAUACUUUAAAAUUUCAAUGUGCUGCCAUAUUCAUUCAAACUUUUAGGGACUGUAUGAACAUUAUUGGGGCGUGGAGGGUGUGAACCUUAUGUUUCACUAUUUAAAAAGCAAGACCCUCAUUAGCAGCAAUAUUCAUAUUUUCUUUUAUAUAUUAAUAUUUAUUGACUUGGAAAAAACUGCCUCCCCCUAAUGUUUCAAAAUGAUAUACCAUUAUUGAGUUGGUUCAAGUCCUGGAACCAUUAAUUACUAAAAGAGGCAAAGCUUAAAUAACUUUAAAUGAUAUACCACAAUUUAAACAUUUGAAUGGCUUCCACCAUUAUGCAAAUUAGAAGUGAAAUGAGCAAUUACCAAAUUUAUGACAAAUGUGUCCCUUAUAUUCUAGCCAGUUUCAUGUUUGAACCAAGAGCUGCUAAAUGCUAAGCUACCGGUAAGCUCCCGUUUUACGCAUAAGGGAAUUUGGUUUUACGUUUUAAGUGAUAUAUGCAAAGAAGGCUUUAAGUGUCUUGUGGUUACAGUUUGUUAACUUGGAAGAACAGAUGAGUAAGUGCGUGAGUUCAUUGACAGAAAACACUCGUCCAGAACUGAUCAUAUUAGCAAUGUUUCAAAAAAAUUAACAGCGACAGUCAACACGUUUCAUCUCACUUCGCUGAUUAGUAGACCAAUCGGCAACGUGUGAUGCUGAACUUUUACACAUUUAAUUACUGCAGUUCUGCUUUCUGUGAUGAUGCAGAGUGAAGGAGCUGCUGUACAGGCUGGUGAGAAAAUGAUACGCUCUUUGCUAGAGAUAACGCUCAAUCAUUACAGAAGCAUGAUUGUUUUCGUCUGCAUAUGGCAAAACUCCCCUUUAGGAAACACGGCACAAAAUAUAGCCAUCUUUGAUGUAACUAUUUUGAUCUCAUUUUUUUGAUAGUAUAUCUCACAAGGGAAGGCUGAAUUAGAUUAUAAAUGCAGGGAAAGAAAAAGAGGCCAUACCUGCCUUCCCAAAAAAAGUCAGACUACUCCCCCUUCCACUUCCUCCCUGUUUCUGACCACCCCUCCUCCCUAAUCAUUUUCGUACAGUCCCUUACUCCGGUGUUUAUAAAGUCGUGCCAACUGGAAAUCUGAAGUCUAAAGCAUUGCUGCUGCAGUAGCUACCACAUUGAGCUGCUAUGUGUUGGCUUGCAUUGUCUAGUAUUGGUGUGUUUUUUUGUUUUUUUUUUUGUUUUUUUGACAUUGUUACAAUAUUUUUUUGUACUAAACUUACCUGCUGAUAAGUACCCAUCAGUACACAUUUGACUUAAACAAUCAAAAUUGUGAUAAAAAACACAGUUUGCUGCUGUUGAUGAUUUCAGCUCCUUUUGUUUUGUUAUUACAUGAGUUUGUAUUUUCUCAGUUUGUGUUCUUUCCAAAGAUGAUUCUCUGUUACGUUACAGAUGUUUUCUGAAUCUAAAUUAAAAUGUCAUAGUAGUGUCUUACCACAAAGGGGUAAAUAUCUCAAAUGGAAAUUUCCAGAACACAGAAUAAAGCAUUUUUUCUACAACA